CAGCAUGGCAGGUACAGCAUGGAAGUCUGUGUAGAACAUGGUUGGAAUGAUGUACUGCCAGGUACCCACUACUUUACCCCAGCCCUGACCCACUUGGUGCAUCGACCGAAAUACGAUGCCGAUACGAUGUUAUUCACGCCUCCAAUUGGCUCAUGACUUUAUAUGAGUAAGCUGUCCUUGAGCCCUAAUUGUCGUAUAGAGCGUAUACGAUGUAUACGAUGAUGGCUGUGGUCGUAAGGUAUCUAUGCAACGAAAAUGAGCUUUUACUGCUAUAAAGGUCUGUUGUUUUCUUGCUUCAGUGAUCUGCUUCGAUUCAUACCACACAAAAUUCUCAAGCACACCUCUUUUUCUACCGAUUUUCGUUCUCUCCCUAUUUAAGGCAUUCGCUUCGUCAGAGUCCUUCUCCUACACAAUAUUGACUACUGACAUCUCACAAUGACUGUCGCCUUACAUGAAGACCCCGACCUUGCAUUGACCAAGGCCAUGCACGGAAAGUCGGCAGAAGAGAAGAAUGCCUUCUUCGCCAUGCUCAAAAAGAACAAUGCGGCCCAUCGUGAGAUCACAAACGAAUAUGUGCGGCGGUGGAGGACUGAAAAGGGUAUCGACGGCACAACCGAUGAGGCCCGAAAGGAGAGAACAACUGAGUACAUGGGUGUGGUCAACAACUACUACGACCUUGCGACAGACUUUUAUGAAGAAGCAUGGGCACAGUCAUUUCAUUUCUGUCGAUUUUCAGUCGGUGAAUCGUUCCUCCAAGCUCUGGCGCGCCACGAGCAUUACCUGGCAUAUAAAUUGGGCAUCAAGCGGGGGAUGGAGGUUCUGGAUGUUGGAUGUGGUGUUGGGGGUCCGGCGCGAGAGAUUGCUCGGUUCACUGGGUGCCAGGUGCUUGGAGUCAACAAUAAUGGAUAUCAGAUCGCACGUGCAACACGGCAUACAGAGAAGGCGGGUCUGCAGGAGCAGGUUUCCUUCUUUAAAGGUGAUUUCAUGCACCUUGAUUUCCCAGAUAAUACAUUUGAUGCGGUCUAUGUCAUCGAAGCCACAGUCCACGCCCCAAGCCUUCAGAAAGUGUAUGAGCAGAUCUUCCGUGUGCUUAAACCAGGUGGUCGCUUCGGUGUAUAUGAAUGGGUCAUGACGGAUCGUUUCGAUGAGUCUAAUCCCAAGCAUCGUGCUAUUCGACUCGGGAUUGAGCGCGGCAAUGGCAUCGUCAACAUGCGUACUCAAAAUGAGGCUGUCGAAGCUAUUCAAGCAGCAGGUUUCGUUCUCGAACAUGAAGAAGACCUAGCAACACGACCAGAUCCUAUUCCAUGGUACUACCCUAUUGCAGGGGAGCUGCGAUACGCACGAGGCCUUUGGGAUCUACUCACUGUUCUGCGCAUGACGAAAUUCGGCCGAGGAGCGAUGGGUUACCUGCUAUGGACGCUGGAAACUCUGCGACUGGCCCCAUCUGGAACAGCCGAAACAGCCACCGAGCUCGCCAGUGGCGGUGAUAGUCUUGUCGAAGGGGGUAGGCUUGGCCUUUUCACUCCUAUGUAUUUUAUGAUCGGGCGGAAACCGGAUCUUUAA